GAAGCGCGAACAACAUCCAGGAAAACCCAGGAGAUACACCAAAGACAAACCACGUCUGUUUGUUUCUGCUCUACAAUCUGCAGCUUCCUUCAACUGCAAAUAAGACAUCAAUCUGUGACACAAUGAAAGUGGCCGUUGUUUUCAUUCUGCUCUUCGCCACAGUCCUCUGUCGGCCGGCGAGAAAGGUUUCUGUCAGCAGUUCAGAGAGCUCUGAGGAAGUGGUGAGACGACCAGCAGCUCAACCCCUCAGGAAACAGGCGGUUCCUGAGUACCGUGCAGCACCUGUACAGAACGUUGAAGCAGCAGCUACUGCCAACUCAGACGAGAGCACAGAGAGCUCAGAUGAAGACGAGCAGCAGGCAGCAGCAGAUGCUCCAGUAGAAAUCAAAGCUGACAGCACAGACACAACUUCAUCCCCAGAUACAACCUCUGUCAGCAGCCAGGACAGUGAAGACAGUGAUGAUGAUGAUGACGAUGAUGCAGAGGAAACCGAGGAGGAUGAAUCAAGCGACAGCUCAGAGUCGGGCGAGUCCUCCACCCCCGCUCCCUCCACCGCCACCCCUAUGGUCGUCACAGAGGAACCCCUGGCUGAAACCACAGCUGAGCCAAUCGUGCCUUCGAUUGUCACAGACACAGAUGCAGGUCGCGGCGACAGCUUGGGACGCUACCCCAGCGACUAUAAGUCCAUCGUCUACGUGGAGGACAAAUCUUACCACAAGGUUCCUCUUCCCUACAAGUCAUAUGAGUUUAUCGGUACUGGAAAGAAGAUGGCCUAUGACAUGACAGAGGGCAAUGAGGUGGACAAGUCACUGAAGAUGUACAAGGUACAGGCUCUUCAAGUCCACUCUGACAUCCUGGAGGAGGACACCAGCACCCCUGAGGUGGAGAGCCAGGGCCUCGACGCCUCGUCCGGCAUUUCACAGGACCAGGACCUCAGCACCCGCCAGGCCUCCCUCCCAGAGGAGGAGGAGAGCGCCAGCGCCAGCGAUGCCAGCGCGAGUGAGAGCUCCAGCACCCCAGUGGAAGAGGAGGAGGACGAGAGUGCCAGCACCGGCAGCGACAGCACCAGCACCAGCCAGGAGUCAGAGGAUGAGGACAGCCAGAGCAGCGAGGAGGCCACAGCCACGCCUGGUGCCGCUGACAGCGAAUCAGAUGAAAGCACUGAGAAAGACUCAGAUGAGGAUGGGCCAGGACCUGAAACCACCACUGACAUGCCAGUGGUCAUCACUGCCAAAUAAGCACUGCCCAUCCAGGAAAUGGAGUGGAGGUGUCAAAUAGAGUCACAUAAAGAGCACAUGCGGCAUCUAGGUGCAAAUAGCCCCAUCACUUUCCACUGUAGGGCCAAACAGGGACAGCCAAGGCUUAAUUAGUAUUGAUUCCAAUGUGUUAAGACAAUAUUUCUGUGAUUAUUUGUGCAUCUUUUGGGAAGCUGAAAUGUUUUUCCUUCUGGAUUGUAUUUAAAUAAACCAAUUGCUCCUACAUCCUGUGGUCUGGUUGCCCUGGUAAAUCCCUUUUUUGACUGCAACAGGAGGUUGACUGACCUCAUGACCUUUGUCCCCUCCCCUCUGUUACUGCACGGUAAAAAAGUAAAUACUGGAUUUCUGAUAAGUCCUGAUAUCUACACUAGCUCUAAACUACAUUUAACCAUUUACUAAUAACUGCAAUAUGCAAACCUACAUUGUCUUUGUGCUUUUAAAAUAAAAGAGAAAAGUGCACCGUUUAUUUAAAUACUUGUAAUCAUUUCAAGCCUAAUAAAAAAACUUGACAUUAAGCCAUAUGUUAGCUGCCUGUGUGGCUUAGCUUCUUUACUCGCUAGUAUCAAAUCUGUUGGUGUAGAUAAAAGGAUGUAAACAGAGAAACCAUCUAUUACAGGGUUCAGUCAGGGAUAGAGGCAGUACACACACAUGCAUACAAGACAGGCCCAUUCAUUUGCACAG